AUGAUGCAGUGCAUUGGUUCGAUGCUGCUGCUGCUGGCUGCGCAGCUCCAGUUGUGCGGCGGUGAUGUUGGGGAUUUCUCUCCAUGUUUGAACUACUUUUACCAGGGCUGGCCACCCAAAGGCAUCGAGGGUACUCCGAUCUGUCAGCGGUACAACAAUCUGUACCAUUUCGCCACGCUGUACAGCCGGGAGCGGCGCACCCCCUGGUGUUCAGGGUACAUCUUCACCGCUCCCAAAGGGAAGAGACCGAGAGGAGAGUGGAAGUACGAACCACAGCUAGCCAACUCUAAAGCUAAUGGCAACAUGGUCAAGUUCCCUGUGCCACCUCGGAAAGUGGACCAGAAUGUUGUGGAGAGCCAGGCUGUCCAGGCAGACUACAUCAACUCCACUUACACGCGUGGCCAUUUAAACCCAAGCCAGCACCACAAUGACACUGUUGACCGACGUGCCACCUUUACCUUAACCAAUGUAGUGCCACAGAAAGAAGGCUCUAACAGUGGACCCUGGGCCAAACUGGAGGACUUUGUUGCCAAGAUUCUAGAGGAGCACUGCCAGGGUAAGGCUUAUGUGGUAACCGGCAUUAUUCCAUAUGAAAAAGACAGAUGGCUAAAGGACGAAGGUAGAGUGGCUAUUCCUGAGUACCUGUGGAUGGCCUAUUGCUGCAAGAACUACAGCUGGAAGCUUCCAGAGAACCUUAAAGAUACGUUUCCAGCCUUCGCCGCCAUUGGGAGAAAUGAUCCGAACAGCAGCCAGGAGAUAGUGCCAGUGAAUCCACAUAGUUCGGAGAAGGAGCAAGGAUAUGACGUUCGUUUGAUGCCACUCUCGACUCUGGAGGGCUACCUGCAGGGGCGAUACAAAACACCCAUCAGCGUCUUCUAUGAGCAGUGUUCAGGGGCUUAACAAUACUCAUAUUCUGCAUUAAAUGAUGUAUUAAUCA